CCCGCCCCGUCCGAAAGAGGAAGCGGCGGCGGCUCCGCCCCGGCCGGCCCGAGAGCGGCGGCGGGUCCGGGGUGCCGACGCAGCGAUGGAGGAAGACCCCAGCCGCUGCCAGGAUGCGGCCAAAUUGGCAGCGGGCGAGGGGCUGGGCGCCGAGGUGCAGCUGGACGACGUGGUGGGGACGCACCCCGAGUACAACGAGGAGGAGGAGGAGCAGAAAUAUUUCCGCCGCAAGCGCCUCGGCGUGGUGAAGAACGUGCUGGCCGCCAGCCUGGCCGCCACGCUCACCUACGGCGUCUACCUGGGCCUGCUGCAGAUGCAGCUCAUCCUGCACUACGACGAGACCUACCGGGAGGUGAAGUACAGCAACAUGGAGCUGGAGGACAUCGACCGCAAGGUGCUGAUGGGCAUCAACGUCACGCCGGUGGCGGCGCUGCUCUACACGCCCGUCCUCAUCCGCUUCUUCGGCACCAAGUGGACCAUGUUCCUGGCCGUGGGGAUCUACGCCCUCUUCGUCUCCAGCAACUACUGGGAGCGCUACUUCACGCUGGUGCCCUCCGCCGUGGCCAUCGGGGUGGCCAUCGUGCCCCUCUGGGCCUCCGUGGGCCACUACAUCACGCGGAUGGCACAGAAGUACUAUGAGUACGCCAACUACAAGGAGGAGCACGUGCAGGAGCAGCGGCAAGCGCCACGGGGCGCCUGCAGCACCUACAUCGUCGUCUUCCAGACCAUCUUCUACGCCUGCUUCCAUCUGAGCUUCGUCUGUGCGCAGAUGCCCAUGCUCUUCUUCCUCAACAACUACCUCUACCAGCUCAACCACACGCUGUACGGGGUGAAGCACUGCGGGACGCUGAGCCACGGCACGCUGCCCGGCUUCAACAAGACGGUGCUGCACAGCCUGCCCCGCAGCGUCAACCUCAUCAUCGUGGAGAGCGUCCUGAUGGCGGCCGCCUUCCUGGCCAUGCUGGUGGUCCUGCUGCUGUGCGGCUCGGCUUACCGGCCCACCGAGGAGAUCGACCUGCGCAGCAUCGGCUGGGGGAACAUCUUCCAGCUGCCCUUCAAGCACAUGCGGGACUACCGCCUCCGCCACCUCCUCCCCUUCUUCAUCUACAGCGGCUUCGAGGUGCUCUUUGUCUGCACCGGCUUCUCCCUGAACUAUGGCGUGUGCGCCCUGGGGCUGGAGAAGCUGGCGUACCUCCUCAUGGCCUACGGCUUCUCCGCCUCCGUCUGCUCCAGCCUGGCCCUCUGCACGCUGCGCCUGCGGCGGCAGUGCCCGCUGCUGGCCGGAGCCUUCGUCCACCCUGCCAUCCUGGUGACGCUCUUCUGCUGGGCACCCGAACCCCGGCACGUGGUGCAGGCGCCGCUGCUCUACUCCAUAGCCGUGCUCUGGGGCAUGGGCAGCGCCCUCAACAAGACCGGCAUUAGCAUCCUCCUGGGCAUGCUGUACGAGGACAAGGAGCGCCAAGACUUCGUCUUCACCAUCUACCACUGGUGGCAGGCGCUGGCCAUCUUCACCGUCUACCUGUGGUCGGGGCUGCCCAUGAAGGCCAAGCUCUCCAUCAUGCUGCUGGCGCUGGGGCUGGCGGCCGGCUCCUACCUGUGGAUGGAGCGCAAGCUGGCGCAGCGCGUCGCCUACCGCCUGCCCCGCAUCCCCCGCCCGCGCCACAAGAUGAAGGGAUACCGCUACCUGGAGGAUGACGACUCCGACGAGACCGCCUCCGAGGGCGAGGGGGCGAGCCGCCGCCAGGAUGAGGAUGAUGAUGAUGAAGAUGACCACCAGCACCCGGCUGAGGCCGACGGCGGGGACGAGCUGCCGAAAGAUGAGAGGGAGAGGAUGGGUUAGAUGUGGGCUGCGCUUGAAAAGCCCAAAUCCCGCAGAAAGCCCAAAUUUCACAGCAAAGCCCAAGUCCUGCAGAAAGCCCAAAUUCCCAUGGGAAUCCUAAAUUCGCACAGAAAUCCUAAAUCCCUGUAGGAAUACCCAAACCCCUCAAAAAGCCCAAAUCCCACAGGAAUCCCAUCAAG